AUGACACACCUUAUCUUAGAGACAUUUAAGGCAGAAAAAGAAGGCGUAAGGUGGUACAUUUUGGCAGAUGAUGACACAGUUUUUUUCAUCAACAAUUUGGCAGAUGUUCUUGCAAGAUAUGAUCACAACAAGUACUUUUACAUUGGAAUGAAUUCAGAAAGUCAUGCAUCAAAUGUUUUUCACUCAUUUAAUAUGGCUUUUGGUGGGGCUGGAUAUGCUCUGAGUUUUCCUCUUGCUGAGGCAUUGGUGAAUAAUUUGGAUGUCUGUAUAAAGAGAUAUCCAACUCUAUAUGGAAGUGACCACAUUGUGCAGUCCUGUGUGGCUGAUUUAGGUGUCUCUCUCACUCGUGAAAAAGGGUUCCAUCAGUUUGAUGUACACGGUGACAUAUCAGGUCUUCUAUCAGCACAUCCACAGGCUCCUCUUGUAUCCCUCCACCAUCUCGAUUACAUCAAUCCAAUAUUUCCUUACAUGAACCAGAAAGAAUCGCUGAAUCAUCUAAUGGAAGCUGCGAAAAUAGACGAGUCUAGGCUACUACAGCAAAGCAUAUGCUAUGACAAACCCAAAAACUGGAGCUUCUCCAUAUCAUGGGGCUAUUCAGUUCAACUAUAUGAAGCCAUCUUCCUUCCAAGCAUGCUCCAGAGACCCCUCCAGACAUUUACCCCUUGGAGCAAAUACGUCUGGCCUUUAUUCCUUUUUAACACUAGAAUUCCCUCCAAAAAUCGUUGUAAAGCUCGACAUUUCUUUUUCUUUGAUUCUGUGGAAAAUAAAAGUGACAAUUAUUUCAUUACUAGCUAUAGUAGGAGAAUGCCUGCAGGUUCAAUACCGUCUUGCUCCUCAACUGGCAAUUUUUCUGCUAAUCAUGUCUCCAAGAUAUAUGUUCUCUCCCCUACAUGGAAACAUGAUCCAAUUGAAACCAGAAGAGAAUGUUGCGACGUUAUGCAUAUGACAGGCAUGAAUGCUACUGAGAUUAAGCUUCGUAAUUGCUUAGAAAAUGAAAUAGUGCCUGAUUGA